CUGGAGUUGCUUUCUCCUCUUCCCUCUCUCUUCUCAACACUCUUUCCCGUCUUUUUUCUCCUUGUCUUGACCGACUCUCCAAAACGCCUUGCCGCUUCUCACACAGCCAUCCGCCCCUCCCCGUCCAAUAUAGCUUCCAAAUCAGGCAACCUGCGUGGUGUGCGCCAGCCUUGCCUCUAUUUUUGGGCCUCCAUCACAGCGAAGAAAAAGAAAGCACCGCAAUCACGCAGCGUCACAAGAGCCCACUGCUCCAAAACGCCACCGCCCUGUCUGAGAUAUUCGCGUGUUUCCCCUUCUCAGCCCUCUGCCCAACCGUCCUUUGGGCGUCAUCUGCUUCCCGUUUCUUGAGACAAAACACAACCGUUGUGUAUUCGAUCCCGGAUGUCGGUUGGCUCCCGUCUUUCUGUGCGUUAGCUCUGCUUUAUAGACCGUCUCUUGGCCAGCCGUGGCUCGAUCCUACCGUACAGUCCUUUCCGCAAUCUUGCUUUCGCUGUCCAACGAUACUUGUCUAACGCAACGAAACGCGUCCCUAUUAUCCACUUACACCCCGAGUUCCCCUCUUGUUGCAUAUUUGAUUUCUCUCUGCGCUAUUAGCAUGUGCAAUCACUAAAGUUGCCGACACCCCGGUUCUGUUCCCCUGCAUCGAUACCCCAUCACACACCCAUCGUUCACCUUUUACACUCCUGCUUUUGCGCCCUGGCACUUUUAUACGGGUCAUAACGUGGUCAGAUCUUCAUUUAGCCAUCCGCAUUGAACUGGAAAGUUACCAGCUGCCACAACACCCCUGUCCCAGUGCCUAUAUUCCACUAUCCACCAUGUCUGGCCAACCACCUCUCGGCAGCUCUUCCCAAGAGGGUGCUGGUGAUUCGAGACGCACCGUCAAUAUUCAAGACUACCAAUUUUCCUUCCAAGUACCAUCAACUGGUGCUAUUGAACCAGACCCAGAUAUGAGUAGCCCUGGCGAUUCUUCUACCUCACUGUCUGAAAGUGUACAAAACUUUCCUGAAGAAUUCGGUAGAACCUACCACGCAUACAGAGCUGGAUCAUACGCAUUUCCCAACGAUGACAUAGAACGAGAACGGCUAGAAUUGCAAUUCACUGCUCUUAACAAGAUUUUUGGAGACAAACUCUUCCUUGCUCCGGUGGGAGAGAAGAUUCAACCGAAAGCAAUACUCGACAUUGCCACUGGAACAGGCAGCUGGGUCAUUCAGAUGGGAGACAUGUUUCCUGAAGCGGAAGUUAUCGGUACCGACUUAUCGCCAAUCCAACCUGAGGAUGUGCCUCCCAACGUAACCUUUUACGUCGAGGAUUCAUCGGACCCAUGGGACUAUACACAAAAGUUUGACUUUAUUCACACACGCAUAACAGCCGGAUGCUGGAAAUCUUUUGAAACUCAAAUAGCACAACAAGCGUUUGACGCACUGAAUCCUGGCGGAUACAUUGAAUCUCAAGAGUUUGAUAGCGUCUUUGGCUGCGACGACGACACACUAAAGCCAGGUAUGGCGCUGACGACGUGGUUCCACGAAAUAUCGGUUGCCAGCGAGAUCUUGCAUCGGCCUACUGUCUUCUCGAGCCGCAUAAAGGAGAUUUUCCAGCGUGUUGGCUUCGUCGACGUUGAAGAGCGUGUAUUCAAGAUGCCCACGAAUGCUUGGCCUAGAGAUCCCGAGCUGAAACAGUUGGGCCGAAUGUGGGAGCGCAACUUUAUGCAGGGCCUAAGCGGCUUUUCUCUGACGCUGUUCAACAGAGCUUUUUCCAGAACAGCUGAGGAGACUGAAGUGCUUCUUGUCGAUGUCAGACGGGAGCUGUCUGAUCCGCGAAUCCACGCCUUUAUCCCCAUCUGGGUUGUUUGGGGAAGGAAGCCAUUUCCUGAUGAGGCAUCGACUUCAUGAGGACAUUUUCAACGAUUUGAUUAGGCACAUCAUCACUGUUGGCGAUGAUUACCACCAAUUAUAUAUGACUCCAAUCUUGGUAUACCACCAACACACGAGGCACCAAAAAGUCGAACUUGUCACACUGGACGAUCUUUAGACUAUAUUUCAGCUCUACAAGUGAUUAUGGACCGACCUUUUACUUGGAAUAAUAUUUACGAACACCCAUCACUGUCAGCCACGGUCCCAGCAUCGCCUUGCGCGCCACCGACGUGCCCCAACGCUUUUGAUUAUUUCCGCACCCCGACGACAUUUCCGAUCGAUUUAUAAACUCGGAUAUGUCUGGCUCUUACUUUCUAGUCCCAGGCACUGAUAAUAAUCCAACAUUAUCUGGGAGGGCACCAGAGACAGUCUGAAAAACUGUUGAUGCUUCAGCUUGGCUGACGAAUGUCAGCGCCAUCAUAUUGGCCUUGGACAUGUUCAGCGUUGUCUAUACAUAUUUUCUGUCUGUCUAUCUUGAAAUUAAAUCGUCUUCAUGGACAAUCUGACAAGAUAUGCCACGCUGUACCGUCAUGUAUACCGAUGUUUGAUUUCGGCGUCAGCAUACAUGCAGUGCAAGGGAGGCUGGGUUUGAUUCUUUGGAGUUCUAUUAGCGUUCUUUGAUUUAGUAGAGCACAAAAGCAUAGUAUUGAUUUCAUCACAACACAAUUGGCGUCUUGUUUGCAGCUGGCAAAUUAUCUACUCCUGACCUUAUACCCAUUGGGCCGGAAUAGGAAAUCUGUCACGCGGCGCAGUACUGUGAUCCCUCCAGCCGGCCAUAGAUUCACACCAAAUAUAACAUAAUUAUAAGAAUUGUAUCUAAAUUCAUAAUUUUCAUUCAGCAGUUAAUAUCUACCACCA